AUGUAUAACACAAUUAUUAACAGUCUUUGCAAGGACAUAAAUGUGGAUGAUGCUUUGAGCCUCUUAGUGGAAAUGAUCCAGCAGGAUGUUGCACUAGACGUGAUCACUUACAGCACUUUGAUUCAUGGAUUAUGUAAUUUAGGCCGAUGGGAGGAAGCAAAAAGAAUGUUGAGAGACAUGAUAGACAAGAAUGUUUUUCCGGAUGUUCUGACAUUUACUACACUAAUAGAUGCACUUUGCAAAGAAGGCAUGGCAAAAGAAACAGAGGUUGUUCUUGAAGUCAUGGUCCAAAGAGGUGUUGGUCCCAAUGCAGUCAAAUAUGGUACACUCAUGGAUGGUUAUUGUUUGCUAGGCCACAUGGAUAGAGCAAUAGAAGUUUUUCAUUCCAUGGUGGAUAAGGGCAUCGAGCCUAGCACUCUAAGCUAUAACAUUUUGAUCAAUGGAUGUUGCAAGAAUAUGAAAUUUGAAGAGGCCAUCAAUCUUUUCUGUGAAAUGCCUUGUAAAGGAUUGAAACCCACAAUUGAUACUUACAAUAUUAUGUUGCGGGGAUUGUUUGGGGUUGGUAGGUGUUUUACUGCUCGAGGACUUCUGAAUGACAUGCAAGCUAAGGGUCAGCGUCCAGAUUUUUAUACUUAUUGUGUAUUACUGGAUGGAUUAUCCAAGAAUUGCCAUAUUGAUGAAGCAUUGUUGUUGUUUCUGGAGCUAGAAUGCAGUGGCAUAAAUCCUGAUAUUACUAUGCACAAUAUUUUAAUUGAUAGAUUUUGCAAAGAUGGGAAGCUUGAGAUGGCAAAGAAUCUAUUUAGGAAACUUUCUACUAAAGGCCAGUGGAAGGAAACAACAAGAAUGUUGAGAGACAUGAUAGACAAUAAUGUUUUUCCGAAUGUUCUUACCUUUAAUACGUUGAUAGAUGCACUUUGCAAGGAAAGGAUGGCAAAAACAGCAGAAGCUAUUCUUAAAGUCAUGGUCCAAAGAGGUGUUGGUCCCAAUCCAAUGCAGUCACGACUCACAUAUGGUAUACUCAUGGAUGGUUAUUUUUUGCGAGGCCAAAUGGACAAAGGAAUAGAAGUCUUUCAUUCCAUGGUGGAUAAGGGAAUUGAGCCCGACACUCUUAGCUACAACAUUUUAAUCAAUCGAUAUUGCAAGAAUAUGAAAAUUGAAGAGGCCAUGGAUCUUUUCCAAGAAAUGCCUCGUAAAUGA